AUGGCGUCCACUAGUGCAGAUUCCCAAUCUACAAUAGCUCAAAAAACAUGGGCAUUGGCCAAUAAUAUUGAAACUGUAUCGAGCGUUGACGAAAUAUAUCGAUAUGAUAAAAAACAACAACAAGAUAUUUUGGCAGCUAAACCAUGGGAAAAAGACCCACAUUUCUUCAAAGAUAUAAGGAUAUCAGCUUUGGCAUUAUUGAAGAUGGUUAUGCAUGCUCGGUCUGGAGGUACAUUAGAAGUAAUGGGUUUAUUACUUGGUAAAGUAGAUGCUAAUACAAUGUUAGUGAUGGACUCCUUCGCAUUGCCAGUAGAAGGGACUGAAACUAGAGUAAAUGCUCAAGCUCAAGCCUAUGAAUAUAUGACGGCCUAUAUUGAAGCUGCGAAACAGGUUGGAAGACAUGAGAAUGCUAUUGGCUGGUAUCAUAGUCAUCCUGGCUAUGGCUGUUGGCUGUCUGGUAUUGAUGUCUCUACUCAAAUGUUAAACCAGAACUUUCAAGAACCAUUUGUUGCCAUUGUGAUUGACCCAGUUAGAACUAUUUCAGCUGGAAAAGUAUGUCUUGGUGCUUUCAGGACCUAUCCUAAGGGUUACAAACCAGCCAAUGAAGAGCCAUCUGAGUAUCAAACUAUUCCUUUGAACAAAAUAGAAGAUUUUGGUGUUCAUUGCAAACAGUAUUACUCUCUUGAAGUAUCAUACUUCAAGUCUUCAUUAGACAGAAGACUCUUGGACUCUUUAUGGAAUAAGUACUGGGUGAAUACUCUAAGUAGCUCAAGCCUAAUCACAAAUUCAGAAUACACUACUGGUCAGAUAUUUGAUUUGUCUGAUAAGUUGGAACAGAGUGAAGUCAGUUUAGGCCGUGGUGGUUUUAUAGUAGCAGGAGCUGAUCCUCACGAGAAAAGAACUGAAGAUAAACUAGGCAAAGCGACAAAGGAUGCUUGUAAAACAACCAUUGAAGUAAUCCAUGGCCUGAUGGCACAGAUGAUCAAAGAUAGGCUAUUUAAUAGUGUCAGCGGAAAGCCUUCUUCUUCUGCUACUCCUAUGAUAGAAUAA